ACUCAUCAUAUCUCAUGUCAAAUCCUCAAAAAUAUCUAAAAGUUUAAAGUGUUCACCAAACUUAGGGUUUAGUGUUUUGAAAAUUGAAAAUGGCGACACCGGCAAAUCCAGCAAACUCCGAACCCGAUUCCGACGACAUCGAAACAACUCCGAUUUCAAACCCGACACCCGGCCCGAAUAAUCCUCAAUUCACUUCUGAUGCUUUAACCGUUUCGAUUCCGUCUAGUCCUGUCGUAUGUAUCCUUAGGUUCGCUGGUGACUCGGCUGCUGGUGCUUUUAUGGGCUCCAUUUUCGGAUACGGGUCAGGAUUGAUAAAGAAGAAAGGUUUUAAAGGAUCCUUUGGGGAAGCAGCAGCUUCGGCAAAGACUUUUGCAGUUCUAUCAGGAGUUCAUAGUUUGGUUGUCUGUUUCCUGAAGAGAUUACGGGGAAAAGAUGAUGUUAUCAACGCUGGAGUAGCUGGAUGUUGUACUGGUCUUGCCCUAAGUUUUCCAGGUGCACCUCAGGCGCUAUUACAGAGUUGUCUCACCUUUGGAGCUUUUUCGUUCAUCAUCGAAGGUCUUAACAAGCAGCAACCUGCAUUAGCACUUACAUCUCACAUGAAUGUCAAAAAUAGGCAAUAUGGGGUGCUUGCUCCUUUAUCACUACCUCUACCAAAUGAGCUUAAGGAAUCCUUUUCAUUCUUCUGCCAGUCCCUUAAAAAACGUCACGAGCACAACAACCGCGGGUCCGAUUAGAUAGCGAAGAAAUGCAACAUAAUGUGGUUCAACCUUAUGUCCAUUUUGGCAUGAUUCUGAAGUUUUGUAAAUUGUAAUCGACUUUUAUUCUGCUUUAAGAGUUAUAAUUCGGGGCUUUCUAGCUGGCGUGACAAAUGUUUCUUUUAUUAAUACGCAAUCUAGAUAAUUUGCUAGUGACUAGAAUUAUCUCCUUGAAGGUUUAAAUCCAUUUUCAUGGUGAGUUGUGAUUUA